GACAGGGAAAAUAAUCCCGCAGGCGCGAGUUGUGCAGAGCAGAGGGCUUCUCGUUUCGAGGUCGGGUUCAUUUGUGUUCGUAAGCGAGCGGCGGCAGAAAGGUUAGGAUUUUCAUAGCGCACGAAGCCGAAGAGUUUCAGCAGCCAAGAGCCACUCUGCGCUUCGCACACCCAUUAAUUUCUUCAUUUCUUCACCAACAUUCAAUAUUAAUGGCCUUCUGCUUUCUUCACUCUCUACCCACUAUGUUAACUCUGUAGACAGGGAAAUGGAGGCCAUAGGCAGCCGAUUACCCUAGCCCCACCUACCCAGCCAUGCGUUUUCUUCAUCACAAUCAGUGUCUCUGUAGCUCCUUCUCCAAGCUCUCUUCCCUUUCCUCCUCAUUUUAUCUAAUGGGUUCCUUCAAUUUAUGCAAGUCGUCUUCUCUGCUUUUCCUGUCGCCCCUUUCUUCUUCUUCUUCUUCUUCUUCUUCUUCUUCUUCUUCUUCUUCUUCUUUGCAGAGGUUUUUCCUGUACAAAAGCAAUUCUGUUCUUCAUGGUUCAUUUCCCGUACGACCCAUGUCCCGUGGCAAGGCGUUUUCCAUGAAACCAAAUGGGGUUUCUUCUUUCACUUCUCAUGCCAAUGUUCCCAGACCUCCAGCAUUUAUGGAGAAUCCACUAGCCGAGGCUUUAAGCUUGACGCGAUUGAAUAUUCUGAAAAAAAAGUUGCAGGAACUUGACAUUGAUGCUGAAUUUUGUGUUCCUGGGCAGACCAACCACUUGCUUUGUCCAAUGUGCAAAGGUGGCGAUUCAGGGGAACGGGCCUUAUCCCUACAUAUCUCAGAAGAUGGGGGAGCUGCUGUUUGGAUGUGCUUUCGUGCAAAAUGUGGUUGGAAAGGCCGUACUCUGGCUUUUGCUGAUGGUCGGUCAUCACAUCAAAUUUCUGGACAACUCACACUUAAGCAGAAGAAACGAAAAAUUACAGUGGAGAGCCUACAACUUGAACCACUGUGCGAUGAGCUGGUUGCUUAUUUUGCUGAGCGACUGAUAUCCAAGGACACAUUGUUAAGAAAUUCAGUUAUGCAGAAAAGAUCCAAUAAUCAGAUCAGUAUUGCGUUUACAUAUAAACGACGUGGAGCAUUAAUUAGUUGCAAGUAUCGUGAUGUCAACAAGAAGUUCUGGCAGGAGGCAAAUACUGAGAAAAUAUUUUAUGGAUUGGAUGACAUAGAUGGCGCAAGCGAUAUAAUCAUAGUUGAAGGGGAGAUAGACAAGCUUUCAAUGGCAGAAGCUGGUUUCCAUAAUUGCGUGAGCGUUCCAGAUGGUGCACCACCGUCAGCUUCCCAAAAGGACGUGCCUCCUGUAGAUCAGGAUAUGAAAUAUCAGUAUCUAUGGAACUGCAAAGACUACCUGAGUAAGGCAUCACGCAUUAUACUUGCUACUGAUGGGGAUGCUCCUGGUCAAGCUUUAGCAGAGGAGAUUGCACGUCGUGUUGGAAGGGAAAGAUGUUGGAGGGUCAAAUGGCCAAAAAAGAAUGAGGCCAAUCAUUUCAAAGAUGCAAAUGAGGUUCUGAUGUAUUUGGGCCCUGAAGCCCUGAGGGAAGUAGUUGAUAAUGCAGAACUGUUUCCUAUACGCGGAUUAUUUAACUUCAAAAAUUACUUCGACGAGAUUGAUUCAUAUUAUCACAAGAAAGGUGGAAAUGAGUUUGGCAUCCCGACUGGAUGGAAGGCUCUCAAUGAUUUGUACAACGUUGUCCCAGGGGAGCUUACCAUUGUCACUGGUAUUCCUAACUCAGGAAAGAGUGAAUGGAUUGAUGCUCUGCUAUGCAAUCUUAAUGAAAGUUCUGGUUGGAAAUUUGUUCUCUGCUCUAUGGAGAAUCAGGUUCGAGAGCAUGCAAGAAAACUAUUGGAGAAACGCAUCAAGAAGCCGUUCUUUUCUGCUCGUUACGGUGGAGCUGUAGAACGAAUGAGUCUCGAUGAGUUGGAGCAAGGCAAGCAAUGGUUAAAUGAUACAUUUUUUCUUGCAAGGUGUGAAAAUGAGUCCCUCCCAAGUAUUAAUUGGGUCCUGGAUCUUGCAAAAGCAGCAGUUUUAAGGCAUGGAGUUUCUGGACUCGUAAUUGACCCGUAUAACGAGCUUGAUCAUCAACGGCCUUCCAGCCAAACUGAAACAGAGUAUGUGAGCCAGAUGCUUACUAAGGUCAAACGGUUCGCCCAACAUCACGCUUGCCAUGUUUGGUUUGUUGCACAUCCUAGGCAGUUGCAGAACUGGUCUGGAGGUGCACCUAAUAUGUACGAUAUAAGUGGAAGUGCACACUUCAUUAACAAAUGUGAUAAUGGAAUUGUUAUUCAUCGUAAUAGGGACCCCGAGUCUGGUCCCAUUGAUCUCGUACAGGUAUGUGUACGGAAAGUACGAAAUAAAGUUGCAGGAACAAUUGGGGAAGCUUAUUUGGCAUAUAAUAGGGUAACUGGAGAAUUCUUGGACACGGACGAGUCCUUUAGAAUAGAGCAGAGACUUAAGAAGUCGAAAUUUUGAAUGAAGGUGUGCGUUCUUAGAUGAAUAUCGAUUACUUGUGAUGCUGUCACAAGUAUUAUUCAUGGCCAUUCAUCCACUUACAGAUCAUGGAUGUUUGUAGAGUUGUAAGGUUCUUUGAAACAUCGCUGUAGCUCCCAUUUUACAGGAGUUUAUGUUCUUCCAAACACAUUUAAUGUCAUAAUUUUGACUGUUUUUUUUGGUUAUUUAUGAUAUGUGAUGAAUAUUAAAGGAGCAUGUGGGCUUGAAUGUGACUAGACAGGAACAUAAAGGACAGUGUUGUGAUUCCAGCUGAUCAGCUGAAUGUGUAAAGAACAAAACAUUUUGACUAUAAAUUCAUUGUCGGCGACCACU